UCGCCGCCGCCGCUGACGGACGGGCAGGGAGACGGACGCCGAGAGAUUCCGUCCCUCACACGCACGGGCUCCUCCAUCCUCACGGGCAGGCGGCGGCAGCUGCUGCUGUUGGGCCGCGCGGAGCCUUCCGUAGCCGUCGACGGACGCCUCGCAGGCGGGACCCCCACAGCCCGGAUAUGGCUCGUGGACAACAGAAGAUCCAGUCACAGCAGAAGAAUGCCAAAAAGCAAGCUGGGGCAAAGAAGAAACAAGGCCAUGAUCAGAAGGCUGCAGCUAAAGCUGCUCUAAUAUACACCUGCACCGUCUGUAGGACACAGAUGCCAGAUCCUAAGACCUUCAAACAGCACUUUGAGAGCAAGCAUCCGAAGACUCCGCUCCCUCCAGAACUCGCAGAUGUUGAGGCAUAAAAGCUCACAGGUGAAUUCAUGGAACCUAUUGACUCUUCUAUUGUCAGACAUUGCAUAACAAACCUGCAGCUGCUUUUCUAACAAACUGUUGAUCAGCAAAAAUGAAGGGGCUAUAGAAACAUUCAUAUUUUUAUGCUGUUCCUCUUGGGCGUCAUGUAAAGAUGAAUCUAUGUAACUGUACAGUUGUGCCCUACUUGGAAAUCUGAAAAUUGGUUCAUUCUUAAAUUUUUUACAGUUGUAAUUAUAUUGAUGUUCAUAUUGUGUAAAAUAACUCAUUUAAUAAAAUAGUACUUUGAUUUUACAAUA